GCUUGCCACCCUAGCAGCGGAGUAGGUGGCGGGUUCUGGACGUGCUGGCCACUUUCUGAGCUGCGGUGAUGGAGGCGUCGCGCUGCCGACUCGGACCCUGCGGGGACAGUGCCUUUGAAGAUGAGGCCAAGAAGCUGCGGCAGCUGAAACUAGAUAAUCAGAGAGCAUUGCUGGAGAAGAGGCAGAGAAAAAAGCGCCUGGAGCCACUCAUGGUGCAGCCCAAUCCAGAAGCCAGGCUACGCCGAUUAAAGCCAAGAGCUAGUGAGGAGCAGACUCCUUUGGUGGAACCUCAGACCCCUCACAGCGAUGUCGUCCUGCAGGGAAUCGACGGCCCAGCUGCUUUUCUGAAGCCAGAUGCUCAAGGUUCAGAAACCAAACUUCAUGUUGUCUCAGUUGGCUCUUCUGCUACAGAAGAGGAGAUGGAAGGAAGUGUUGAUGGGGAAAGCAGUUUGGACACUGCUUCCAAGCCAGAUCUUCAGGAAAUUCUCCAAAAACACGGUAUCUCAGGUAGUUUGAACUUUGAUGAGGAGGAGACUGAUGGAGAGGAAGAAGAAGGAAAAAAAUCAAGAUCUCAUUCACCAUAUUCAGAGGCAGAGAAACCGGAUUCUACCUCCAGCCAGAAAUCAACCAUAGACACUGGAGCUUCCGGUACUGCAGCCCAACAACCUAAUAACCAGCUGGGAGAAGUAGAGAAUUUAGAGGACUUUGCUUAUAGUCCUGCCCCUCGAGGCAUCACAGUCAAGUGUCGGAUAACCAGGGAUAGAAAAGGCAUGGAUCGGGGUCUCUUCCCUACUUACUACAUGCACUUGGAAAAGGAUGAAAAUCGGAAGAUAUUUCUGCUGGCAGGGAGAAAGCGGAAAAAGAGCAAAACAUCCAACUACCUUAUUUCCACUGAUCCAACAGAUUUAUCUCGUGAAGGUCAAAGUUAUAUUGGCAAACUCAGGUCCAACCUCAUGGGGACCAAGUUUACAGUUUACGACCAUGGUGUCAGCCCAGCCAGAGCCAGAGGUCUGGUAGAAAACACCCAUACCCGGCAGGAACUGGCAGCCAUCUGUUACGAAACAAAUGUACUUGGAUUUAAAGGUCCUAGGAAAAUGUCUGUGAUCAUUCCAGGGAUGAACAUGAAUCAUGAACGGAUCCCAUUUCGGCCACAAAAUGACCAUGUGAACUUGCUUUCCAAAUGGCAAAACAAAACCAUGGAGAACGUGAUUGAGCUACACAACAAAGCGCCUGUCUGGAAUGAUGACACUCAAUCUUAUGUCCUGAACUUCCAUGGUCGGGUCACUCAGGCGUCUGUGAAGAACUUUCAGAUAGUCCACGAAAGUGACCCUGACUAUAUAGUCAUGCAGUUUGGACGUGUGGCCGAUGACGUGUUCACCCUGGACUACAACUACCCGCUGUGUGCACUUCAGGCCUUUGCCAUUGGGCUUUCUAGCUUUGACAGCAAGCUGGCGUGUGAAUGAGACACAAGCACGCAUGGGGCUGGGCUUCUCACCACAGACCCCUCAGGAGCAGACAGUGGCCUCCCUCUGCCCUCGCCCUAACAUAUGAGACAGUCUGCCCCUUUUGGAAUGAUUCCUGAAUGGAUGUAUGUGUAGUAAAUACAUACGUGUGUGUGUGUACACGUAUAUGUGUGUACACACACACACACACACACACACAACCUCUUCUCUAGUGUCACAGAUAUGGUCCAGGAUUACAGUUUAACUGAGAUGAGAGAUUAAUCAAAGCACAGGGAGGUUCUCAUCCAGGGCACACUGGUGACUCCUGAGGUUAUUAUUGCCUAAUAGAUUCUGUGCCUCGAGAGUCAGAUUCCCUGUGCUUGGCAACUUGCAGCUAGAAUCAGGUUCUAAUGAUUAAAUACUUAGGUCUCUUGUCUUGAAGACCUUUUCAGAGAGGGACAGUUCCCUAAAUUGCCUUUAGUCUCCAGGUCUGCAGACCUUUUCCACAAAUGGCCAGGUAGUCUUUCUUAAAACUACUCCGCUCUGUCAUUGUACUGCAAAGGCAGCCAUAGCCGAUUUGUGAGCAAACGCGUGUGGCUGUGUGCCAGUGAAUAUUUACAAAACCAGGCAGCAGGCCAGGCUUGGAUGGUGGGCUGUCGUUUGCCAGCCUCUGCUUCGGGUAUGUCUCUGUCAUUUCUGGACUUGGGCAUCUUCCCAAAUGGGCCUGUGGUCAUGAGACGGUACGAGUGGGGAGUGGAUUGUCUCUGGGAGGCAACAGUCCUACAGAUUGGAUCCAAAGAGACACUCGGCUGCAUUCACUGUUACGGAGCAUUGCCUUGUUUUGGUGACCGUGGUUUUUAGAGUAUCGUCUACCACCAGGACUGGGAAGCCCAAAGCCCGUGAUCAUUUUGAGUCCACGCAGGUGGCUUAAUUCUGCUAUCCUCCCCAGCUUACCCAUGGGAGGGGGCGAUGUCAGCUGCUUCACCUUCCCUAAGAGAAGAGCUAGUGCGCACUGGGAAACAAAUCUAGCAUUGUCUUUAUCAGAGGGAGUGUGGUGUUUGUUUCUUAGAGCGAGCUUGUUGUCCCCUUGGGGCUUAGAAGGUACUGAUGCCACGGGGCCCCACCUCCCUUUCUUCCCACAGAGAUGAUUGGCUGGCACCAAUGCCAGUCAAUCAUAUGGCCACAUUUGUAGUCAAUGAAGUGAGACUUUUUUAUAAUUGUCUUAAUUUUGGUUUAGACUGAAAGCAUAAACUGAAGAGAUUGACUUAGUCUAGUUAAGACUAAGAAUAGUUUGACAGUUGCCUUCACUCUCAGCCCAGGAGUGCCUCCCACAGCUGUGUAAUUACGGAGCCAUUAGUAUAGAGGGACACACACACCUGUAGACCAUGGAAGAAGUAAGAGAUCAUUACAUAUUGAAACUUGUCAUUGUCAUGAUCAAGAGCCGUGUCAGAGCAGUCUUCGGUGAGGACCAGCCAGCUGGCUCUUGAAGUCUGCAGACCUUGUUGGGCAGAGCUCUGGGCCUUUCUCCCUGAUAGAAGUAUUGUUAGCUCCCUGAAGCCUGGGUCACUGGUACAGAUCAAGCUCCAGUCACUUUGCCUCACAGAUCGUGAGAGUUUUGCUGAGUCGUUCAGAUUAUUAGCAUCUCCCAACAAAUCAUGACGCUGCUCUCAGUUCAGCAGUCUCAGAGUGUGUAAGAACCUGGAGAAUCCAAGAACUUUGUACGGGCUGCAUCCAGCAUUGUUCAACCCCAAGCCUUUGUGCACUGAGCUGUUUACCAGCGCGGGUCAGGAAAGCAGUGGCUAUUGCUGCAUUCAGUUUCCCUUCUGUGGACUCCCCUUUUGUCUCGGCCUCCUCUCUUUCCUUGCUCCCCACCAAAUAGCAAUGUGAAGGAAGGAGACCUGAGAGAUAAGAAAACCCUUUGCUCCUUCCCUGCUGGCAAGUGCAGCCUGCUUUGUUUUGACACGAUUGGUUUCCAUCUCAGGCAUGCCUCCCAUCAAGUGCCUCAUUCUAGAAGUGCCCAAAGCCCCUCAGACCUCCGGCUCCACCAGCCUGAUACGCUGUCUGAUAAGCUGCCCUGGUUGAAAACAGAAAGCUGUCCACUUGUCUCCCAGUACAGUAGAUGACAGCGUCUGGGGAAGGGGAGUAUCGUGGGCUGACCGGAUCUAAGCCUGCUUCUUCCUGCUCGCUCUGGCUCAGACAAGACACAUAUAUAUACCUAGCUUUAUAGACUUACUGCUUGAAUGUGUAGAUGAUUGGUUUUAUAUAAGUCAUAUUUAUACCUUUUGUAUGCUAUAGAAAUAAAACAUAAUUUAUAUAAGAAUGGGAGUGGCACCAUUCUUUGCAAAGCCCCACCUCUCACAGUUCUGUAAUAAUUUUCAUAACGUGGCUACAUGGAACUGUUCAGUUCUUUGAAGCCAUGGAAGUGUCACCAUAAGCUUUCAUCCCAGGGUAGAACAGGAGCCUGAGAAGUCUGAUUCCAGAGACUGCCUAGACUCCCCAUACACAUUUUACCAAGAGUUCUGGAAGGAUGAUGGAGCCAAGAGCCAAGCAUAGAGAGGGCUGCAGAAGGAUUGAUCUUCUGGAUGCCUGCACUGGUCAGCCUUCUGGGUCAUCUUUCCUGGUAGUGCUUACUGAUUCAGCAGAAAAACAAAUACCUCAUAGUGAAAUAGACCCUGUGUCUUACCAUUAAGUGUUCACGUUUUAAAGCUACCUUAUAUGGACAAGUUGAAAAAAGUAUGCGUUCACAAGUCUUUAUUUACUGGGCUUUGCUGCUCUUACUAGUGUCAUACUCAUAGUGAUGAGUCACAUGGAAAGAAGCAGGAAGAGCCUAAAACUCAGGAUGAGAGCUGGAGUCAGGGUUCAAUUCUUACAGCUUGAUUUUUCUUUUCACAUUCUUUUUGGCUAAGGUGCAUGGCUGGCCAAACAAGUUAUUUGUGACAGUUUUAUUCAUGUUUCAGUGACCAGGAAUAAUAUCAAUAGUCAUUGACAUGAAAGAUAUCAUCAAGUAUUAUUUAAAAAAUCUGAAACAGAUCUUGCAGAAGGCUCUUUUUGAUCAGAAGUUUAAGAGACCAUAAAAGAAAUCAACGAGAAUCCAUUCCCUUCCUGUAGAUAGCGUUAUAGGUGCAGAAAGAAAGCGAUGGUUUGACUGAGGCAAGAC